AAAAAAAAUGAUUUGUGUAUUUGUGUUCGUGGGUCUUUUGGUUAUGGCCAUUAUUUUUGUGGUAGUUCACGAAUUAGCAAAGAGAAUUCAUUAAUUCGUUUCAAAAAAUGGAUGAAGUUGCUAAAUUAGAACAUCUUUCUCUUGUCUCAAAAGUGUGUACAGAAUUGGAUAAUCAUUUGGGAUUAAAUGACAAAGAUUUAGCUGAAUUUAUAAUAGAUUUGGCAGACAAAAAUCCAGCAUUUGAAGAUUUCAAAAAAGCUUUAAUUGAUAAUGGAGCUGAAUUUUCUGACUCCUUUAUGACUAAUUUGCUUCGAAUUAUACAGCAUAUGAAGCCAGCCACAACAAGUUCUAAUUCAAAAGAAAAUGAUAACAUUAAUAAGAAUCCAUUGGCAACAAAGUUUCCAGGUUUAGCAAUACCUAAUGAGAAGCCGCCAGUAUUUUCUGAUGAUAGUAGUGAGGAUGAAAAAGAUGAUAAGAAAGAUAAAAGAUUAACAUCAAAAGAUGUAUUUAAAGACCAGUCCAAAACUUCAAAUGAUGCAGUUGUGGAUCAAGCAAUGGCUGAAUUAGAAGCUCUUGCACCAUCUAAAUCUGUAGCAAAAGUAGAAACAAAGAAAGAAGACAAUAAAAGGGAAGAUAAAGAAAGAGGGAGAAAAAGAGAUAUUUCCAAAGACAGAAAGGGACGAUGCAGCAGUAGAGACAGAAGGAGUCGAAGUAGGGAUAGAAGAAGUCAUAGUAGAGAUAGAAGGAGUAGAAGUAGAGAUAGAAGAAAAAGAUCUAGAAGUCGCCAUAGACACAGGUCUCGAUCAAAAGAGAGACAUAGAUCACGAUCAAGACAUAGGUCUCGUUCAAGAGACAGGCACAGGAGAUCCAAAUCAAGGGAUAGAGGUAGAAGAUCACAUUCAAGGGGCAGAGAGAACAGGGACAGGUUUGGAGAUUAUGCAAAGAAAUCCAGAAAAAGAAGCCCUGAAGUAGAAAUGAAUGAUGAUCCUGAGCCAGGGAAGAUCUACAAUGGUCGUGUGGCAAACAUAGUGCCCUUUGGUUGCUUUGUUCAAAUAGAGGGUGUGAAGAAAAGAUGGGAAGGACUUGUGCAUAUCUCACAACUCAGGUCUGAGGGUAGAGUGACAAAUGUCUCUGAUGUGGUCUCAAGAGGAGAUAAAGUUAAGGUCAAAGUAUUAUCAGUUACUGGACAAAAAGUUUCGUUGACCAUGAAGGAUGUGUGCCAGGAAACAGGGAAAGAUCUGAAUCCAACAUCACAUGCACAUUUAGAGGCUGAGCGCGAAGGUCGUAAUCCGGACCGGCCGCCACCGGCUGCGGCAGUGCUCGCGGGCUUACAAAGCACCCUGGAUCCCGAUGAGGACUCCAGUCGCAAACGAGUCACUAGAAUUUCUAGUCCAGAGAGGUGGGAGAUUAAACAAAUGGUGUCAUCAGGUGUUAUAGACAAGAGUGAGCUACCAGAUUUCGAUGAAGAGACUGGAUUACUUCCCAAAGAUGAAGAUGGCGAGGCAGACAUAGAAAUAGAAUUAGUUGAGGAGGAACCACCAUUCCUACAGGGUCACGGCAGAGCAUUACAUGAUCUGUCUCCUGUCAGAAUAGUUAAGAACCCAGAUGGAUCUCUAGCCCAAGCUGCAAUGAUGCAGUCGGCAUUAGCAAAAGAGAGGAGAGAACAAAAGAUGCUUCAGCGAGAGCAAGAAAUGGAGAGUCUACCAACUGGCCUCAAUAAGAAUUGGAUAGAUCCACUGCCAGAGUCGGAUGGCAGGACACUAGCAGCCAAUAUGAGAGGCACGGGCAUCACGCCUCAAGAUCUUCCGGAGUGGAAGAAGCACGUCAUCGGAGGGAAGAAAUCUUCAUUCGGAAAGAAAACUAACUUGUCUUUGUUAGAGCAGAGACAGUCUCUUCCUAUAUAUAAAUUGAGAGAUGAGUUAACAAAGGCAGUAGCAGACAACCAGAUCCUUAUAGUGAUUGGCGAAACCGGGUCGGGCAAGACGACGCAGAUCACGCAGUACCUGGCGGAGUGCGGGCUGACGGCGCGCGGCAAGGUGGCGUGCACGCAGCCGCGCCGCGUGGCCGCCAUGUCGGUCGCUAAGCGCGUCGCCGAGGAGUUCGGCUGCCGCCUCGGCCAGGAGGUCGGCUACACCAUCCGUUUCGAGGACUGCACCAGCCCCGAGACUGUUAUCAAGUACAUGACAGACGGUAUGUUACUCCGUGAGUGCCUUAUGGACCUGGAUUUGAAGACCUACUCCGUCAUCAUGUUGGAUGAAGCUCACGAGCGGACCAUCCACACCGAUGUUCUUUUCGGUCUGCUAAAACAAGCAGUCCAGAAACGACCAGAACUAAAGCUGAUAGUCACAUCAGCCACACUCGAUGCUGUCAAGUUCUCACAAUACUUCUUUGAGGCGCCAAUCUUCACGAUACCCGGACGAACUUUUCCAGUAGAGGUGUUAUACACUAAAGAACCGGAAACUGAUUAUUUGGACGCGUCGUUAAUUACAGUUAUGCAGAUACACCUGAGGGAACCACCGGGAGAUAUUUUGCUCUUCUUAACUGGUCAGGAGGAAAUCGAUACAGCGUGUGAGAUUUUGUAUGAGAGGAUGAAGUCGCUGGGACCUGAUGUGCCUGAGCUAAUCAUAUUGCCGGUAUAUUCGGCACUGCCAUCAGAGAUGCAGACGCGGAUAUUUGAACCUGCGCCCCCUGGCUCCAGGAAGGUGGUGAUAGCAACCAACAUAGCUGAAACUUCACUAACCAUUGAUGGUAUUUAUUACGUGGUGGACCCAGGUUUUGUCAAACAGAAGGUAUACAAUUCGAAGACUGGAAUGGAUUCACUUGUUGUCACUCCCAUUUCACAGGCGGCAGCGAAGCAGCGUGCAGGCCGCGCCGGAAGAACCGGCCCCGGGAAGUGCUACCGGCUGUACACCGAGCGCGCCUACCGCGACGAGAUGCUGCCCACGCCCGUGCCCGAGAUACAGCGCACCAACCUCGCCACCACAGUACUUCAGCUGAAAACUAUGGGCAUAAACGAUCUUCUACAUUUUGACUUUAUGGACGCGCCACCCGUGGAGUCGCUCAUCAUGGCGCUGGAGCAGCUGCACUCGCUCUCUGCUCUAGAUUCUGAAGGCUUGCUCACGAGGCUCGGUCGCAGGAUGGCUGAAUUCCCAUUGGAACCCAACCUCUCUAAAAUUCUCAUAAUGUCCGUGGCUCUACAAUGCUCCGAUGAGAUCCUGACUAUUGUCUCCAUGCUGAGUGUUCAGAAUGUCUUUUAUCGACCCAAGGAUAAACAAGCCCUCGCCGACCAGAAGAAGGCCAAGUUCAAUCAGCCUGAAGGUGACCACCUCACCUUGCUUGCUGUCUACAACAGCUGGAGGAACAACAAAUUCUCAAAUGCAUGGUGCUAUGAAAACUUCGUGCAAAUAAGGACUCUAAAACGAGCACAGGACGUUAGAAAACAGCUUCUUGGUAUUAUGGAUAGACACAAAUUAGAUGUAGUAUCUGCUGGUAAGAAUACAGUGAGAAUCCAAAAGACAAUUUGCUCAGGAUUCUUCAGAAACGCUGCGAAGAAGGACCCUCAGGAGGGCUAUAGAACGCUGGUAGAUAGUCAGGUGGUGUACAUACAUCCAUCGAGUGCACUCUUCAACAGACAACCAGAAUGGGUAAUCUACCAUGAGCUGGUGCAAACCACUAAGGAGUAUAUGCGAGAAGUAACUACCAUAGACCCAAAAUGGCUGGUGGAAUUUGCACCCGCUUUCUUUAAAUUCUCCGAUCCGACCAAACUAUCCAAGUUUAAGAAAAACCAAAGAUUGGAACCUCUUUAUAAUAAAUAUGAAGAGCCCAACGCUUGGAGAAUAUCAAGGGUUCGAAGAAGGAGGAAUUAAAUUUUGUACAGUUACUUGUAAUAAAGCCUUCAUCAUGUA